UUUCCUUCACUCUCUCAUUCCCCAUAUUUCUGGCAUGCCCGUCCAGACGGUAUCCGCUCUCGAUGCAUCAGAGUCAACGUCUGCUCGUGCUGCCUCGCGUAUCAGCCAGCUCAAGCUCCAGCUCGGUGUCACGCCGGACAGUGCGGUAGAUAGGCCGCUUAGGGAACGCACAAACUCGAGCAAGAGCAAGAGCAAUGGUGCUAGCUUGCUAUUCAAGGAAGGGGCAAAGGCUUCUCGGUUUAAAGAACCAGCAAGCAUCCACCUCAGCCCUAUAGUCCUCACCGAACCCGCCCUCGUGCGCAAGCAGUCUGCCCCAGCACCCAACCCCAAGUCCGCCCUUUCCCCCGACCAGAUUCAGUCCCGACGCGCAUAUAGCGUCCGCACCGCCCGCGAACGCCGGUACAUGCGCGCAGAACGCGCCCUCGCGUGUACACUGCGCCACUGCUCCGACGCUGUCCUCUCUUCCUCUGAGAACUCGCAACAUUCCCUAGAACUGCAACGCGUCCGCGCCCUUGAACACGCACUCGCGCUUCUGGGCACGCACGCUGAGAUUGCGAAAGCACGUAUACAGGAGUUGCGCGUGUGUCUCGCGGAUCAAGAUGUUGAUCCGGCCGAAAGGGAUAGUCUGUUAAGGGAGCGGUGGGCGGUUGAGAAGAGGGGCAGGGAGAUCGAGGGGCAGAUGAGGGCGCUUGCUGAUGCGAAUAGAGUUUCUGAGGGGAGGAGCAAGCCCGGAUCGCAUGUUCACACUUCUGACAUGCGGAUGAACCCGAAGCCGAACACGCCGUCUUCGUCGCCGAACAAGAAGGGACGCCCCUCUGCCCUAUCCUCCAGCUCCUCUUCUUCAGCCUCCUCGCUGUCCUCUGGUUCCUCACUAUCAACUCCGGCGCCCAUUGUUGGUGGUCCGGACGUGGACCCAGCAGGGAUCUCUAGUACCAACGCUCGCGGCCACGAGGAUCCAGAAAGCCGCCGCGCCGCAAACCUCGCAGCCUUCUUUGCGCGCUCCGCUACACACACGCCUCUACAUCCCCGUCUCCCUCCCGGCCUUGGGCCCCACACCAGCCUCGACGCUACCGCGAGCAUCACGAGUGCGGACACAAGUAUAGACGCGGACGCAGACACGCUCACGACGCAGUGGGACGCCUACAUCCAUAGCACAUACACGCACACGACGCACGACCCGCGCACGGCCUUCCUCCCACGGCGCAUCUCCCUCUCCGACGUCUCGCCCAUCCACCUCAGACCCUCGUCUGUCUCCUCCCCUCUCCGCGUCGACCGUGCUCGUCUCCUCCUCCGCUCUGGACCGGGAAGAGUGCUCAACAGGCCGGCAUCAUUCGAUACGCAUAGCAGGCACAUACAGAGGCUCGCGCUCUCGCCAUCGCUCUCUGACAUCCCCGAUAACUCGCAGACCCCUAUGUCGACCUCCGUUGGAGCAAAGGUCAAGGGCCAAGCGAGCAUGCCGUUACUCAAUGUCGACCUCCAGGUACCCGGCGCGCCGCCGCGGCCGGAACGUUCGCCGCGCCGCAUGAGCGCCGCGCAGGCGUCGCUUGCGGGCUCGAACAAUGCCGCGUCCGUUUCUGGUUCGACUUUGUCGUCCUCCCUCUCUUCCGCUCUUACCACACCCGUCCACCCCACUUCCGCCCUUCCUUCCGUGCCCCAACCCCAGUAUAUGGGAUCAGGUCCGGUUCCAGUGGCUGCACCGACGCCGUCGACGAUGGUACUCAGCGGUGGAGCGACGGGCGGUUCUGCAAAGAUUUACUACAUGUCGCGGCAGCCGCGCAGCGCUGCGGAGCUGCUGUCGAGUACGGAUCUGGGCGAGAUUCGGAUCCCGCCGUAUGCGCUGAGUCUGCUGGACUCGUUUGACGACGUUUCGUCGACGAUUAGCGUUCCGCUCGGCGGCUCUCAAUCUCACCCCCAAUUCCGGGCGCGGGCACGCACUGUGGGUGAAGAAGAGGCAGGACACGGGGAGGGUAAGCAGUCUUCUCAGACGAUACCCCGCGUGCGGCGUAGCUCAGCGUCGUAUGUGCGCGUUACAGCUCCGCGUUCGUCGGAUGUGGUCGAUGGGUAUCUUGCCGUCAAUGGGAUCGCGAACGGGAACGGGAGCCAUGCGACGUUUUGCAUACCGAACACGUCGGCGUCGUCUGCGCCGCCGUCGCCUGGUGGUGGCGGUGCUGCACAUCCGGGCGGGAGCGUGAGGAGGGUGCUGUCGCAGGUGCGGUUGAGGCCGAAGCGCACGAAUGCGGGAGGGAAUGGGGAUGGAAACGCGAACGCGAACACGAAUAGGCAUUCGCUGUUGGUGUAUAUGCGGAAGCGGAUGGGCGGCGACGAGGACGAGUCCGGGUCUGCGUCCGACGAGACGGCCACCGCCACGGCGCCGCCGACGCCGACGCCUGCUCUUUCUGAUGCGGCUGUGCAGGCUGCGCAGGACAAGGAGAAGGAGGAGAGGGAGAGGGAGAAGAGGGAGCGGAUGAAGGAGUCGUCGUUUACGCGGCCGCUUAGGAGGCGGUUUGGCGCGUUCUGGGGCAGCUUGUGGUGAGCGGUGCUGGUGGUGCGUAUGCGCGCAGUCUCUGUUGUCCAUCCCUCCCCUCUAUCGAAUCUCUUUGUUUGUGGCUUGUAUAUAUACAGCCCCCGCACCGUUUCCCUCUCAACCUUUUUCUCCUGUCCUCAUUCGCACACGUUAGCUCCCCCUCCCUCACUCGUCUCGCUCUACUCUGCUCUGUCGACUGCGUUAUCCCGUGUUUUACAUCCAUAUAAAUAGCGUCGUUUUUCUUCUGCUGCAACAUCUUUGGACAUUCCUACAGCGACAGUGCUCUCACAGUAUAGUACAGUACAAGUGCUCAUUACCUUAGUGAUUCGCGUACCCCGUCCGUACGCCAACGUUUCCUUUUUCUUCUUUCUGGCUCAGACAGUUGUGCAUUGUAUCUAGCUCGCAUUCGCAUUUUCAAUACAUACAGUAUCUC